GGGCCCAGUGGGGGAAGAGAGAAAUCUCCACUACAGCAUUCAGUUUGCUUUCCACUUUCUCCCUCCCCCUCCGAAGUUAAACUCCGAAGAUCACCAUGACAAGCUGCUUCGCUUCCAGCGCCGGGAAGCCGCUGCUGGGGAUUUAAAGGAAGCGAGAGCGCUUCUCCUUCGCCUCCCUGCCUUCGCUCUGCCCCCAGCGCGAAGGAAAUGAAAGGCUUGUUCGGAAUUUGAAUCCCGCCUGGAAAAACUUCAUUGGACAAGUGCAUCGCUCUGCAUUUCAGGAAAGGGAUGGAUUUUACGGUCAGAGAAUGCUAAAAGGUGAGAGCGGGAAGAGAAGCGGGGAUCGGAUGCAGCCCGGGAGCGGGGUAGGAUGUCCAAGCCGGCGGAGCGGAUCCCUGGAGCUGCGGGCAGCACUGCGAGCAAGUGCCUGACAUCAGCCACAUCCUGAGGCACCUGGAAGGCCGGGAACACGUGCCGGACACGCCGAGCCAGUGGCUCCAUCUCAGACUGACAUUCCCCUGGGCUGCACCUCAUAAAAGCUGGUAACCAGCAAAGAAGACACAAAAGCUAAAAUCACUAUGUGGAGCUGUGAAGCCUUAAUCAACAGUACUGAGAACAGUGAGGACCAGCAUCUCUGCCAUGACUUCGACCUUGUGCUUUCCAUCUUUUCCCUUCUCUACCUCAUUAUAUGUUUCCCAAUUGGCCUGUGUUACAAUGGCCUGCUGGUCCUAGUUAACCUCUACAACAAAGCUACCAUGACUAUGCCAGAUGUUUACUUUGUCAACAUUGCCAUUGCCGGUCUCAUCAUCAACACUCUGGCACCAAUGUACCUGCUGGGUCUUGCCAACACAAAAUGGGCCAUCUGGAAUUCCAACAACGAAGUUUAUAUUACCUUCCUUAUUUUAUUCAACGUCUCCUCGUUAGUUACCAUGUACUCUACCACACUGCUCAGCCUGGACUACUACAUCGAGCGUGCCCUGCCCAGGACUUACAUGUCCAGCGUGUACAACACCAAACACGUCUGCGGGUUCAUUUGGGGCGGUGCCAUGCUCACAAGCUUUUCAUCUCUCCUGUUCUACGUCUGCAACCACGUGUCCACCAAAAUAAUCGAGUGCUCCAAGAUGCAGAACCAGGAAGCAGCGGAUGCCAUCAUGGUGUUCAUCGGGUACGCGGUGCCCGCCGUCGCCGUUCUGUACGCGCUGACGCUGAUCCUGCGGAUCCGCAAGGAGGCCACGCCGCUGGACCAGGACACGGGGCGCCUGGAUCCAUCAGUGCACCGCCUUCUGAUUGCCACAGUCUGCACACAGUUCACCCUCUGGACACCCUAUUACGUUAUCCUCUUGGUAAGCACGUUUACUAACCUACGGGGAAGAAUUCCGGAUGUAAAUUCCAUUCAAAUAUUACACUUCGCCACGAUUUUGUCAAAGUUCCUGGCUUUCUCCAGCAGCUUUGUCAUGCCUCUGCUCUACAGAUACAUUAACAAAAACUUUCCCAACAAAUUACGACGUUUGCUUAAAAAGAUACACUGUGGGAGCCAGGGGUGUUCUCACGAGCGCACAGUUGUACAGCAGGUCAUGACAUAGGUGUGACACAAGCCCUGGUGCUCAGUGCUGGGACUGUGACGCUGCUGUGCUGGCACUCAGAGACAUUUGAGAGUCCCAACCAAGAGGCUGGAAGGAGCUUCCAUUGCAGUUGAAUGCAAGAGUCUUAAUUUUGCAGUAGUUGUUUGCUGAAGUGGUGUGAGGCUCUGGCCUGCGUGCUGCAUUACCUGUGACAUCAGAUACCUUCAGUGCACUGAACUGGUGACAAAGGAUAAACUCUGUUUUCAUGGUCUGAUCUUCCUGUCUGAAGAAAUCACUAGGCAGUUUAUUGAAGUCUUGACUGAAGACACAGCACCUUGUAUCUUGUACAGAAAAAGGUAUUACCUUGUUUUCUGUACAAAGAAGUGAUAAUGCUAUCCUUGAUGAAGUAAAUAGCAUAUUUCAAUGAAGAUUAUAGAGAUGAUCUUUACUGAAGAUCAUAUUACUCAAUUAUACAUGUCCAAAUAGUAAAUGUUAAUUAUAAAUUAAAUUAUUUAAUUUCUUUUCUCCAUCACUGAAUCCCCUCUAAAAGAAGCCUAAUUUACUUUUUUCAGAAAUUAUUUUCUCACACAAACUAACCUGUUUUAACAUUUAUGGUAAACUGAUUUUUCUUUUAGCUACAACAAAUAACAAAAAUGUGUUUUAACUUUCCAGUGCUUUGUUUGUAUCCUAAAACAUUUCAGGAAUUCAGAAAUAUUUAUUAACUAAUUCUGAUGGAACUUAGAGAUGUUUGUUCCACAUACUAAAAUGAAGGACACAGUGGUUUACAAAGUUAAAUCAGAAUUUAACAAGUAAAGAUUGUCUGGCUAAGUGUUAUGGUCCACAUAUGUUCAUGUAACAAGAGUAAUUAUCUUAAAAAAUAAAUAUGUUUAUGAUUAACAUUUUGUAUUUUCAAGGGAUGUGUUUGCAACAAAUAAAUUAAACUCUCUUUAAUCUAUGAUGUCACUGGAGGUUUGGAAACCAUGUAAAAUUCCUCAAUAUAGGAAUCCCAGUCAGCAACAGCUCUUUGCUGACCUCUCAGAAAAGCCUUUCAUUGGGAUUCUCGGAUACAUAGUAAAGUCUGGUUUCACAGCAGGGAUGAAGAAAUCCAAGCCAGAUCACCAAAUUUUACUGAAUAUGUGAAAUACAGGAGAAACACAGACAUGCUGCAGGAAGCACAUAAACAGUUACAACAACAAACUACAAAGCACUGAACCAAAAACUACCUGUUCUUGUGCUGCUGUUGCAUUAAUUACAGGAGGGGGGUGCAGAUGAAGCUGAUAUUCUCCCACUGCUGUGGGGUCACAAGAACACUUUUGUCACUUGAUGCAUGCUACAGCAUCAUUUUAUUGCUUAAUCUGUCCCAGCACAAUUCAGAUUCCACGUGACAUCAAAAAAAUGUGACUUGUCAGCCUUCUGGUAUAGAAGAAGAACAUGAAGCAAGACCAGAACUGAACCUUUCCCAUUGCUUAGAGCACAAUCUUGUCUGAUGAUUGGUCCUAGUCAGUCAGCAGAGACACAUACUAAAGUUCUAUGGGAAAAGCAGGUGAGGAGCAGACCUUGCAGAUCUUUACCCAUCAAGCAGUUUCGUCCCAUAGCCAUACUUGCUUAUCUUCUUUAUAUACAAGCAUCUCUAAGUUAUCAGCAUCCUGGUGGAAGAUUUUCCAUUAAUCUUUACUUUUUUUUUUAAGAGCUUUUCAUAUCUUACUGAAUAUUUUUAACCCUUAAAGCCUGCAGAGUAAAUAAUCUAUUUCUAUUUCAGUUUUAGCUUGAUGAAAACCAUGAUGAGGAGUGAAGCUGUUCCUUAUCACUGUGUCCAACUCACACACUCAUUUACAGUGCCUCUCUGCUGAUAUACAUGAUACUGGCUGCUUUCUUGGUUUUGCCCACCUGGAGAGAUUUUCUGUGAAUUUCCACACAUCUUGAGCAUUCAAGCUCACUUCCACACAGAAGUGCUUAGGAUCAAAAUCUUUCCUUACAGCUGUCAAGCAAACAGAUUCCUUAUUCCCAUCUGAGGAAAAUCAGGUUUCUUAAUGCACCACAUUAAAUCUCUCACAUAAAAUCUGCUAAAGAAAUUCUGUGCCAUUAUGCAGAAGGAGUUCCAGCGGGGAGGAACUGGCUUAUCUGGUGUGAAUAGAGGCUUUCAGAACUGGGACACUGCCAGAACAGCGUGGCUGAGCAGGCAACUUUAAGUGCAAUUUCAGCUUCCAUGUUGCUUCCUUAUUUCUAUUUUCUCCUUCUCUUAAGACAUCUUAUUUUCUGUCUCUAAAAGAACUGUUGCCUUUAUUUCUGUUCCUUUCUCUCUGUGUUAAAUUCUCAGUUUCAGAUCAUGGCUCUUGUAUCAUUUCUCUUUAUUGUUUUUCACUUCUCUGCACAAUUUAUUUAACUUUCAUUUCUCUCCCAUUCCUGCUUGUCUUGCACACCUGGUACCAUCCAGUACUCAUGUUUAUUUCAUCACACUGACUCCUUUAUGGUGGUCCAAAUCUUACUCAGUGAGUCAACGUUACAAACAAAUGCAGGUAGUAAAAUGGAAGCUGCUAUUUAAGAGAUGUAAAAAGACAGGUUUUUGUGGAAUUUACCCAUGGGGUAUCCAAUCUGAUUUUUCCUAAUUUUUUUUACUGCAACAGAGCUACGGAUGUUUGUCUGUAUCUUUGAUAUAUACUAAAU